AUGGGAAWUGUGCGCCAGGCCCAUYUCUGUGUACUUGCAUCCAACUGUAAUGAGCCUAUGUAUGUCAAAUUGGUGGAGGCCCUUUGUGCUGAACACCAAAUCAAUCUAAUUAAGGUCGAUGACAACAAGAAACUAGGAGAAUGGGUAGGCCUCUGUAAAAUUGACCGAGAGGGCAAGCCCCGUAAAGUGGUUGGUUGCAGUUGUGUAGUUGUUAAGGAUUAUGGCAAAGAAUCUCAGGCCAAGGAUGUCAUCGAAGAGUACUUCAAAUGCAAGAAAUGAGCAAAUAAAUUUUUA